UGAAGUUUUACAUCAUCUGGAGCAUUAUCUGGAAAGCUCCGAUUUCUGGAGCAAGUCGCCAUGUGCAAAUCUCGCUUAAAUAAUGCGAUAUAACUUUGUGAAGUACUUACGAAUCAGCUACGUGAUCUAAAGUAUGGUGUUAUACAUCUGGGUGAAGCUCUGGCUACCUAGAUUUGUGAAAAACAAGGCUGAUUUGGUUUGUUCGGAAUUUUGCAAGGGUUCGGAAAAAUAGCACAAGAUUUCCACUAAAAUAAUCACGGAACGCCUUAAAAUGAUGCUGGGCCGUAAGCAGAGCCUUAAGGGAGAACCUGUUUUGGCUGAUUACGGCCCCGAUGAAGCUUUCAAUGAAAGCGCGGAUAUAGAGUGGGUCAAUAAAAGAUGGGUACGCCGGAUAUUGCGAAGCUGCGCCCUUCUUAGUUUAGCAUCUGUGUGCAGCAACACCCCGAGAACCUUUGAACUUUUCCCCUUCAUGCAAACUGCUACUAUAAGCGUUGAUUCUGCUGUUUCCAUUCUUUUCACGUCGGAAAUGAUUGCAAAGAUGCACAUUCGAGGAAUUCUCAAGGGUGACAAAUCUUAUUUAAAAGAUCACUGGUGCCAGUUUGAUGCCAGCAUGGUGUUCUUUCUCUGGCUGUCCAUCAUUCUGCAAAUAUUCGAAAUCAUGGGAAUCGUUCCGGCUUAUUCGUACAUUUCGAUAAUUCGUGCGCCCCGGCCCUUGAUUGUAAUCAGGUUUCUGCGGGUGUUUCUCAAGUUUUCCAUGCCGAAGUCCAGGAUUAAUCAAAUUUUCAAGCGAUCGAGUCAACAAAUCUACAACGUAACGCUGUUCUUCCUGUUCUUCAUGUCGCUCUACGGUUUGCUGGGGGUGCAGUUCUUUGGCGAGCUGAAAAAUCAUUGCGUUACCAACACCACAAAGGAACCCAAGGACGUCACCAUAAACAAUUUAGCCAUACCAGAUACCUUUUGCUCGUUGGACCCUACAUCAGGCUACCAGUGCCCCCAGGGCAUGAAGUGCAUGAAGAUGGAAGGAAUUUCGCGAUACAUUAUUGGCUUUAAUGGAUUCGACGAAUUUGUUACCAGCUUCUUCACGGUUUAUCAAGCAGCGUCUCAAGAGGGAUGGGUGUUCAUCAUGUACAGGGCGAUCGAUUCUCUGCCCCCUUGGAUGGCUGUUUCCUACUUCAGCACCUUAAUCUUCUUCCUAGCUUGGCUGGUGAAGAACGUCUUCAUUGCCGUCAUCACCGAGACUUUUAACGAAAUCAGGGUUCAGUUCCAGCAAAUGUGGGGCAUUCGGGGACACAUCAGCAACAGCUCUGCAUCUCAGAUUCUCAAUGGAGACGAUCGCGGUUGGAAACUGGUGACUUUGGACGACAACAAGCAUGGGGGAGUGGCUCCGGAUUUUUGCCAGAAAAUACUCCAGAGUCCGUGUUUUCGCAGCCUAGUCAUGGCUGUGAUCUUGGCCAACGCCGUUGUAACAGCAUCGAUGAGAUUCCAACACGACAGAAGGCCCAGGCAGGUGUUUUAUGAAAAGUACUACUUUUCCGAGUUGGGCUUUACGAUACUGCUUAACUUGGAGGUGACUUUCAAAGUGUGGUGCCUGGGCUGGCGGGGAUAUUGGAAGCAUUCUAUCCACAAAUUCGAAAUGUUAUGCGCCAUCGGAACGACCAUCCACAUAAUUCCAGGGUUUUACAUGACCGGGUUCACCUUCUUUCAAGUCCUUCGGGUGGUUCGGCUAAUUAAAGCGUCACCCCUAUUGGAGGACUUCGUAUACAAGAUUUUCGGGCCGGGCAAAAAGCUGGGCAGUCUAAUCAUUUUCACCAUGUGCUUGCUGAUUAUUUCAUCCAGUGUGUCGAUGCAACUGUUCUGCUUUUUGGAUUUUACCAAAUUUGAAACGUUUUCUGAGGCAUUCAUGUCCAUGUUCCAGAUCCUCACCCAGGAAGCCUGGGUGGAAGUGAUGGACGAGACAAUGUUCCGCACACCAUCUAUGAUAGCUCCAUUAGUGGCGUUUUAUUUCAUCAUGUAUCACCUGUUUGUUACUCUGAUUGUGCUCAGCUUGUUCGUAGCGGUUAUCUUAGACAACCUGGAACUGGAUGAAGACAUAAAAAAACUCAAACAGUUGAAAUACCGAGAGCAAAGCGCCGAAAUCAAGGAGACUCUUCCAUUUCGCCUCCGGAUAUUCGAAAAGUUCCCCGACAGUCCGCUGAUGGUCACCUUGCAUAAAGUGCCUUCUGAUUUCAACCUGCCCAAGGUGAGAGAAAGCUUCAUGAGGCAGUUCGUGUAUGAGACUGAAGAUGAGGAAAACUCCGAAAGUGGAAUCAAGCGCUUGACGGCCGAGGAAAUGUUCGACUCAAAAAUAGUUUACAGAAAGCAGCGUCCUUUGAACAUCAUGAACAAACUGCCCAAAGUGAGGAGCGUUAAUAUCAAGCUGAAGAAAACUACCGUCUCUCAUAUUAUCAGCGAUUCCAACAAUCAGCGCCUCAUGCUGGGUGACUCGUCUAUGAUUCCAGUGCCAGGCAGCAAAGCACCGCUCAAACCCCAAGGAACCAUAAAUAGUGUGAAACAGUUACGUAUUGACCACAAGAAGUUCGGGUCCAGAUCAAUCAGACGCUCAGUCAGGUCAGGAUCGAUAAAACUGAAGCAAACCUACGAACAUUUGAUGGAGAAUGGAGAUAUUGGUGUGAAUCGGGUCACUUCAGCUAGAGCCAGGCCUCACGAUUUGGAUAUUAAGCUCUUACAGGCCAAGAGACAACAAGCGGAAAUGAGAAGGAACCAGCGGGAGGAGGAUUUGAGAGAGAACCACCCAUUUUUUGAUACGCCCCUCUUUGCAGUUCCUAGGGAGAGCAAGUUUAGGAAGUUUUGCCAACUGAUCGUUUAUGCGCGAUAUGAUGCCAGGCUGAAGGAUCCCUUGACCGGAAAGGAGCGAAAAGUGCAAUACAAAACACUGCACAACUUCUUGGGUCUGGUUACCUACCUAGACUGGGUAAUGAUAGCGAUGACUACCCUCUCCUGCUUAUCCAUGAUGUUUGAGACUCCUCAUUAUCGCGUCAUGGAGAACCCCAGCCUCCAAGUUGCCGAAUACGGAUUUGUGAUAUUUAUGAGCAUGGAACUGGCAUUAAAAAUCCUAGCUGAUGGUCUAUUUUUUACGCCCAAAGCCUACGUAAAGGACGUUGCUGCGCUUCUGGACGUUUUCAUUUACCUUGUGAGCUUAACGUUUUUGUGCUGGAUGCCUAAACACGUGCCUCCUAAUUCAGGAGCGCAGCUUUUGAUGAUAUUGCGCUGCUUACGUCCUUUGCGAAUAUUCACUUUGGUGCCUCACAUGAGCAAAGUCGUCAACGAAUUGUGCAGGGGAUUCAAAGAAAUUUUGCUGGUUUCCACAUUACUCAUCUUGCUGAUAUUCAUUUUUGCCAGCUACGGCGUCCAGCUCUACGGGGGAAGAUUGGCACGUUGCAACGAUUCCAAUGUCACUAGCAGGGAAAACUGCAAGGGUACUUUCCUGCGAAGAGUGUUUGUCACUAAAAUGAAAGUUCAACCGGGAGAGAACGAAACUUAUCCGCAAUUAGUAGUUCCACGUGUGUGGGCCAAUCCCAGAAGAUUCAAUUUCGAUAAUAUUGGCGAUGCCAUGUUGACCCUGUUCGAAGUGCUCUCGUUCAAAGGGUGGCUGGAUGUGAGAGAUAUUUUAAUAAAAUCUCUUGGACCCGUGCACGCGAUUUAUAUCCACAUCUACAUCUUUCUCGGAUGUAUGAUCGGACUGACGCUAUUCGUCGGCGUGGUCAUUGCUAACUACUCAGAAAAUAAAGGAACUGCUCUGCUUACUGUGGAUCAGAGGCGAUGGUGCGACUUGAAGAAACGUCUGAAAAUCGCCCAACCAUUACAUCUGCCACCGAGGCCCGAUGGGAAAAAGUUCAGAGCUUUUAUCUACGACAUCACGCAGAACUUGAAGUUCAAGCGAAGCAUUGCCAUUCUGGUGUUAAUCAAUUCGGCUCUCUUAAGUGUCACGUGGGAAAAAAACGACUCAACCACUGAUACCUUGGUGACCAUUUCGAUCAUUUGCACUCUGAUGUUUCUGGUGGAAGUUAUUAUGAAAAAUAUCGCUUUUACCCCUAGGGGAUAUCUGCAAUCUCGCCGAAACCGAUACGAUUUGUUUGUCACUGUGGUUGGAGUGAUUUGGAUGUUUUUUCACAUUAUGUUUAAGAACGACUUGACUUAUUUUAUUGGAUUCAUGGUGGUAGUGUUGCGGUUUUUUACCAUCACCGGCAAACAUGCCACCCUUAAAAUGCUGAUGUUAACUGUGGGAGUUUCGGUGUGCAAAAGCUUUUUCAUUAUUUUUGGCAUGUUCCUGCUGGUGUUUUUCUACGCUUUGGCCGGAACGAUUCUUUUCGGAACAGUCAAAUAUGGAGAGGGAAUCGGCAGAAGGGCCAAUUUUCAAUCUCCUGUUACCGGAGUGGCGAUGCUUUUUCGCAUCGUCACAGGCGAAGACUGGAAUAAGAUAAUGCAUGACUGCAUGAUCCAACCGCCUCAUUGUACUCGCGCAGCCAACUACUGGGAAACUGAUUGUGGCAACUUCAUGGGUUCGCUGAUUUACUUUUGCACCUUUUACGUUAUUAUUACCUACAUAGUUUUAAACUUAUUAGUGGCUAUUAUAAUGGAGAACUUUUCGCUGUUCUACUCCAACGAAGAAGACGCGCUGCUCUCCUAUGCAGACAUUCGAAACUUUCAAAAUACAUGGAACAUUGUGGAUAUACAUCAGCGAGGCGUAAUUCCAGUUAAACGGGUCAAAUUCAUCCUCAGACUGUUGAAAGGCCGACUAGAGGUGGACCCACAAAAAGACCGAGUCCUCUUUAAACACAUGUGCUACGAAUUGGACAGAUUGCAUAAUGGCGAGGAUGUGACUUUCCAUGAUGUGAUCAACAUGCUGUCAUACCGCAGCGUGGACAUAAGAAAAGCCCUACAGUUAGAGGAGCUGCUGGCACGGGAGGAAUUUGAGUAUGCCAUCGAAGAGGAAGUGGCCAAGCAAACCAUUAGAACCUGGCUAGAAGGUUGCUUAAAAAAAAUUAGAUCAACAAGUAAACAACAAAACAGUCUUAUAGCGGGCUUAAGAGCCACAAACGAAACGAUUCCAGCUCUAGAACAACCGGAAGAAAACAAAGUCACUCGACCAGUUGCAGAAACGGACAAUGAUCAGGAGUUGGAGUUCAAAGAGAACGAACCACCAGCAGUUAGGAAGCCGAAACUGGUCAGCUUACCUAGAUCGGACAGUAUUGGCAGCAGUUCAGGACGCAAAUAUUUGGCUCCAACUCUAUCCGAUCCCUCGGCGCGACAGGAGAGAGAAAAGGUGCAACAAUCAAAGAAGAAAAAUAACACUGUCCGACCGAACCCACCAGUGAAUAAGAACCUUGCCCAUUUGAAUGACAGUGAGCAGAAUAAAAUGGCCAGAGAGGUGCAGAACAACAAAACUUCUUUACCAAAACCGACCACAGCAAUGCAGGAAAUUAAGGACUGGUGGAAUGAGCAGCUGGCUUACGAGUCUUCAAGCGAUGAAGAUUAAAUAAUCGCAUUAGAGGCAGCCGUUUAAUUUGGUCGAUUGAGAGCUUGAGUUUGAAACUUGCAGUUACUUGUCUAGUUUACAUAUUCAGGUUUACAUACCGAUCAACCGAAUUUUCUAUUGCAGCUGCACGAUUGUCCGCUGCGAGUAAUAAACCUUCAAAUAUAUUGGGUUUUUAUGG